UUUCGCCAACAAUCAUGUUUUCUUCUUCAGAGCUUAAGUGAAACUUAGUUUCAGUUCAUAGCUAAACUGAGUUUCAGUUAAGCUCAGCAUUGCAGGCACACCUUUAAGUUUUACUCUGUAUUCCUAAGCGCCUGCCUAUAAUGUAUAUUAUUUACCCAUUUUUGAACAACCCGAACCAACAUAGUGCCUAGGCAGGAUUUUUAAUAACUUUUAAUAGUCCUGUUUCUAUAGUGAAAUCUAUUUGGAUACCAAUUUUUUCUAAUACAAUUUUACCUUUUCACCGACGAAAAAUAUUGAUUCUGGUAUUCUCACUACACACUAUGUUUCCAAAUUUUUUAUACAAAUACGAUUUUUAACAUUUUAGAUCAUCAAGAAGAGUAGGAAAAAAAGAAAAAAUGUUGUUACUUAAGAGGAUAUUUAUAAUGAAUAGCUAGAAAUCUACCUAAAUAAAAAAUAACACAAUAAACAUUUUGAGAGAGGGUAUAAAGUGUUAAGAAAGGUUUUUUUUUUUGGAUGGCAAAAUGUGUUACUAACAAAAGCAUUAAGUUAGGGAGCUGAAUCGACGAAACAUAAAUAUCUCAGAAAAUAGAUUACCACAAAGAAACUUAAAAAGAAUAACAAUAUAUUAAUAAAGCAAAUCCACUCCUUGACACAAAAAUAUAUCCAAGUAGUUUACUAACAAAGGCGGGACGUUUUACCUGACCAUAUCACUUGGAACCGUUCUAAAAUGUGAGCUUGUACAGCUGCAAUUUUAAAAUAAAUGGAAUAAAAAAAAGGGUUUUCAAGCAACCGCUUUCACGCCUCUACUUUUCAGUGACUUUCUUGAACUGGCAAAGCAAGAAGGCCAUUUGCAAAAGCGCAAUUGCGGAGGGAUUCCUCGCUGUUUGAAUUUGUUUUGUUGGUUUUUUCCAUAACUUUUCUGAUGUCUCACCAAUCAUUACCAAAUACAACAUCAUUCUGAUUAGAUAAGCGCAUAUUGUCUAAUUUUCAAAGAACGAUAACCGCGAUACUUGAAAACUUAGGAUAAAGUAUAAAAAGUCAAACCUUUAUAAAGUCUUUUAUUUGCUAUGUCCACUCGGUCAAGUAUAAAGAUGAAUAAAUAAUACAAGCCGUACCGAUGCCCUUCAAGGUCUGCUCCCAAAAAUCUAAUCCUUUUGAAGAUAAAAGAAGCAAAGAAUUUGCAUAUAGAGGAAAUCAAGAUGUCGACAGAAGAAGGAAAGGCAGCAGACAAAGAUGAAAUUGGACACAGAGCCAGCGUAUUUCGAAUAUUUGAUAAUAGAGGUCCUAAAUUUGGCUCAAGACAUAUUCAAGUCUCUCUGAUGUUUGUCUGCAUGUCUGUUGCGUUUGCAAUGAGAACGAAUCUUUCCAUUGCUAUAGUGGCAAUGACGGAUAAUACUACAUCACCCAACCCUGACGUACCGGCUUAUGACUGGGACAACACCAGCGUCAUUCUGUCGUCGUUUUUCUGGGGUUACAUCGUUCUCCAAGUCUUAGCAGGCUAUCUUGGGAAAACAUACGGUCCUAAAUAUUUCCUACUGGGGUCCUAUGUAAUCAACACAAUCUGUUUCACAAUGAUUCCGCUUGCCGCUGACAGUUUGGGCUCGAUGGGAGUUAUAAUUUGCAGAAUUGGCCAAGGGUUGUCCCAGGGAUUCUUGUGGCCUUCAACGCAUAAUCUCCUUGGAAGAUGGGCUCCGACCGAAGAAAGAUCAAGAUUAAGCAUUAUUGUAUAUUCGGGUGUUACUUUUGGAACUAUUCUGUCAUCAAUAGUAACUGGUUACGUUUCUUCAUCGUGGAUGGGUUGGCCCCUCUCGUUCUACCUUUUCGGAGCGCUUGGAGUCUCAUGGUGUAUUAUGUGGUUGUUCUUUGGACACAGCAGCCCAGCAGCUCACCCAGGAAUUAGCAAAGAAGAGCAAAGAUAUAUCGAAUUGUCAUUAGGGCAACAACAUGAUUCGGAAGGGUCGCCACCAUGGAUGAAGAUUUUUAUGUGCAUUCAUUUCUGGGCAAUUGUCGUGGCUAACAUUGGGAACGCGUGGGGGUAUAAUAUGCUGAUUACCGAAAUUCCCACCUAUCUAACGAAGGUCAUGAAAUUUGAUAUAAAAUCGAACGGCGUGGUAAAUGCUAUACCUCCGGCAGUGGGUAUGGUCAGCGGUAUCGCUUUUGGGCAGUUUGCGGACUUUUUGUCAGAAAAAAAAAAACUAACUACGCUAAAUGCGAGGAGAAUUUUUCACGUGUUUGGAUGCUACGGACAAGCUAUUUGCCUUGUUGUCCUCGGAUUUAUAACUAAAGAUCAAGCUUAUUUAUCGAUUCUAUUGCUUGCGAUCGCCUACAUCUGUUACGCAUCGACUCUAUGUGGAGCAUCGAUAAACCACAUCGACCUUUCGCCAAGAUUUUCAGGCAUUAUGCAAGGAUUUAGCAAUGGGGUGUCGCAAUCCAUAGCCAUAUUCUCGCCUUUAAUGGUGAAUUUUGUCGUUAAAGACCAAACUGACGGAUCUUCGUGGAAAAUAAUAUUUUUUGUUGCGGCCGGUGUUUAUGUCAUUACAUCGACUUUGUAUGCAAUAUUUGCCUCGGCCAGUAGACAGUCCUGGGAUUCACCCAUGAAGCCCAACAUGGAAAGGAUAAAGAAGGCAUCCGUCAUCAGCAUAAGUGGAUUUUAGAGAUCUGAGUUGUUAUACGAACAUUUUUUGUAUUAGGUUGUAUUACUUUUGUGAAUAGUUUUUUAUAAA